UUUGUUUUCACUGGAGCAAAUGUCUCGCGCAUGAUUCGUAAGAUGAUAAGCCUCGUAAAUAAAUAUUUAAUAAUAUAGUAAAUAAAAUAUCUUCACAAGUAUGGUCAACUCUACUCGUAUGGCAAACGUUGAUAAUUGUAUUUAAGUCGUUCUAUAAUUUCGGUUUUAUUGAAUAUCAGAUAUGGAGUGCUUUUGGUCCGAUCUGAAUAAACAUCCUCAAUGUCCGCAUGGACCAACUUUAUUAUUUGGCACGUACAAAAAUGGAAAAUUGGAGAAGUUUUAUGUAUGUGCAGCUUGCCGCGAGAGAAAGAUGUGUAAGUUCUAUUUAAAAGAAGGAGAGAAAUUAACAAAACAGCAGACUAUUAAAUGGGAACAAGAAAGAAAACAGUUUACAUCUCGUUAUCGUCAUAGACAAUUAUAUGUGUGUUUUAAUGAUAUAAUGUCUGCAUCACCUGAGAAUAGAUGUUACUGCUAUACUUGUGAGCAACUGAUAUCUAAGGCUGAGAAAGACAUGAUGAACAAACACAAAAAUCAUGACAUAAAAGAAGGUCUUACAGAUUAUCAAUUAAGGCAUCCGACAGAAAUUUUGAAACCCUUAGAAAAUUCUAGGCAAGAGGCUCAGUACUUCUUUACAAAACAAUCAACAGAAGACAUAGUGAAUAUACUUCUGAAGUUGAGAGCAAGACAAAUUCUUUGUAUCUGUACUCCAAAAAUUCAUGAAUAUAUUCUAGAAAAUUAUGAAACCACAAUGUCUACACUCUUAUUAGAUUUUGAUGGAAGAUUCCAUAAUUUUUUUGGGCCACUUAGUUAUUGUUGGUAUAAUUUAUUGAAUAAUCAUUUUUUUAACGAGAGUGCUAUCCAUGCAUUUAAAGACUUUCUUACACAAAAUGGUGGAAAAGAUACAUACUUAAUAUGUGAUCCACCAUUUGGUAGUAGAGUAGAGCCAAUAUCUUGGACCAUAAAAAGAAUUUCUGAUCUCUACAAAAAAUGGAAUAAUAUAGAGAAUGAAGAGGAUUGUUUAAAAAUUAUGUUCAUAUUUCCAUAUUUUAUGGAAUCUAUAAUGAAACAAAAAAGUAAUCCACCUGGUGUAUCAGGAGGCUUAAAGGAUUUGAAAAUGACUGAUUACAAAGUAUCUUAUGAUAAUCACCCAUUGUUUAUAACAGACUCCAAUGCCAAGUCACCUUCACCUAUUCGAAUUUUUACAAAUGUACCAUUAAACUCAGUUGAACUUCCAAAAUCGAAUGGUUAUAGAUAUUGUAAAAUAUGUCAGAAGUGGGUUGCUAAAGAAAAUAAACAUUGUAAAAAAUGUCAGGAAUGUACCACAAAAAAUGGCCUCACAUAUAAACAUUGUAAUAUAUGCAAACGAUGUGUGAAACCUUAUUGGAAGCAUUGUGAAACUUGCAAAAGAUGUGUCGUGAUGAAACAUUUAUGCGGUCAGAAGCCGAAAGUUACCGGAAAAUGUUUCAAGUGUAAUGAACCUGGUCAUACUGAAAAAGAGUGUGAUAUGGACAAAAAAACUCAUGCUGACGUGAUGAAGAUUAAAAAAGUUAAAAAACGCAAGACUAGUAAUGAAAAAGAAACGAUCAACAACGUGAAAAGAAAGAGGAUAGAUGAUUUGAGUGCAUCUGAAGGAAGAAAGGGAGAACCGACGAUUAAAAUUAAAAAAACAUCGAAAAGAUUGGAGAGUAAUUUAAUAAAAGAAAAAGUAAUAUCUGAGCUUAAAGUGAAGAAACCUCAACGCCUAAAGGUGCAUAAAAAAAUAAAAUUAUGAAAUGAACUGUAAAUACAUUACAUGAGUUGUAAAUACAAAGAAAUAACAAAUAUAGUACAAUCAUUGUAAAAGUUGUAAAUCCUUUUCUCUGUAUUGUACAUAAGAUUUCUUAUUGAUGUAAUAUAUGCUUACUAUACUUCAAUAAAAGAGAUUUGAAAUGUU